GUACAUAAUCAAUCACUCUCAAAUCAGAGAAACCCUAAUCCCAAUCCAUGGACGCAGACGACGAAACCUUAAAUCCAAUGAUCGACGAAAUCUACACCAACGGCGGCGAAGACACCGACAACAACCGUACUAACCGUCGUGCAAUCAUGAGCGGCGACCAACUCGACAUCGAAGCUUACUCCUCUCUCUACUCAGGUCGAACAAAGAUCAUGCGGUUACUCUUCAUCGCGAACAAGAGCAAGAACGCUACUGUUCAGCUCGACGCUCUUCGAUUGGCGUAUCAUGAGAUUAAGAAAGGAGAAAAUACGCAGUUGUUUAGGGAAGUUGUGGCGAAGAUUGAUGGGAGGUUGGGUGAGGGGUAUGAGAUGGAUUUGGGUUGGUGUGAUGGGGUUGAGAGGAAGAUGGAGCAGAAGAAAGAGAGGCUUGAGAAUGAGCUUAAUGCUUAUAGGACAAACUUAAUUAAAGAAAGCAUACGAAUGGGAUACAAUGAUUUUGGAGACUUUUACUAUUCUCAUGGUCUACUAGGGGAUGCUUUUAAAAGUUAUGUUCGUACCCGGGAUUAUUGCACUACAUCAAAGCAUAUAAUUCAUAUGUGUUUGAGUACAAUUCUAGUCAGCAUUGAGAUGGGUCAAUUUUCUCAUGUCUCAAGCUAUGUGAACAAGGCAGAGCAGGCAACUGAUGCCCUUGACCCCAUAAUAACUUCCAAGCUACGAUGCGCCGCAGGAUUGGCAAAUCUAGAGGCCAAAAAGUAUAAGCUUGCUGCUCGAAAGUUUCUAGAAGCAGGCCCAGAACUGGGUAGUACCUAUAAUGAAGUAAUUGCAGCUCAAGAUGUUGCAACAUAUGGAGGACUUUGUGCACUUGCAACAUUUGAUAGGGCAGAGUUAAAGAGUAAAGUUAUAGACAAUUCCAACUUCCGCAAUUUCUUAGAGUUGGUACCCGAAGUAAGGGAACUGAUAAAUGACUUUUACUCAAGCCACUAUGCUUCCUGUCUGGAAUACCUUGGGAACCUCAAAUCAAAUCUGUCGCUGGAUAUACAUUUGCAUGAUCAUGUUGAAACACUUUACGAUCAAAUUCGUCACAAAGCCCUUAUCCAGUAUACACUCCCAUUUGUGUCUGUUGAUUUGAAUAUGAUGGCUAAUGCAUUCAAGACAACUGUUGUUGGAAUUGAGAAAGAACUUGAAGCAUUGAUUACUGAUAAUCAAAUACAGGCUCGAAUUGAUUCACACAAUAAAAUAUUGUAUGCACGACAUGCAGACCAAAGGAAUGCCACCUUUCAAAGGGUUCUAGAAACUGGAAGGGAGUUUGACCGUGAUGUUCGUUCCAUGUUGCUGAGAUCAAAUCUUAUUAAACAUGACUUCAAUAUUAGGGCAUCAAGGAAACUUUGAUUAUGGAUUGAAGACAACAGGACUGAGGUUACUGUUUUACAUAUUCAUUGUCAACUACAAUAGAGAAAGUUUGAAGAAGAUUUCCCUACCUUAUGGCUGGUUGAAUCAAGGCUGCAGCAAAUAGUAUCUUGUACAACAUUUAACGAUAUUUUAUGGUUGCUUUUUGUAUAUACUCUUUCAUAGGUUAAAUAACCCGUCACUAGAUCUCCAUUUCCUUUUCUGUUUUAUGUAUUGUUACUCUGUCAGAAGGGAGCUUUGACAUAAUUGUUGGAGUUAUUGUAUCACCACCAUGAUAGGUAUCAAAAAAUGAGAUAAAAAGUGAUUAAUUUGUACUGUUC